CGGCGCGGGCCGGAGAGACCAGGCACAUGCCGCCAUGCAGCACUACGGGGUGAACGGCUACUCGCUGCACGCCAUGAACUCGCUCAGCGCCAUGUACAACCUGCACCAGCAGGCGGCCCAGCAGGCCCAGCACGCGCCUGACUACCGGCCAUCGGUGCACGCGCUGACGCUGGCCGAGCGCCUGGCUGACAUCAUCUUGGAGGCCCGCUAUGGCUCCCAGCACCGCAAACAGCGUCGCAGCCGCACAGCGUUCACAGCUCAGCAGCUUGAGGCCCUGGAAAAGACCUUCCAGAAGACUCACUACCCAGAUGUGGUGAUGCGUGAGAGGCUGGCCAUGUGCACCAACCUGCCUGAGGCCCGGGUGCAGGUGUGGUUCAAGAACCGCAGAGCCAAGUUCCGGAAGAAGCAGCGCAGCCUGCAGAAAGAGCAGCUCCAGAAGCAAAAGGAGGCUGAGGGCUCCCAUGGGGAAGGCAAGACUGAGGCCCCAACCACAGACACCCAGCUGGAGACUGACCAGCCCCCCAGCCUGCCUAGUGGUGAUCCCCCUGCUGAGCUCCACCUGAGCUUGUCUGAGCAGUCGGCCAGUGAGUCAGCCCCCGAAGACCAGCCUGACCGGGAGGAAGACCCCCGGGCAGGGACCGAGGAUCCCAAAACUGAGAAGAGCCCUGGGGCUGAGAGCAAGGGGCUGGGCUGCAAGAGGGGCAGCCCCAAGGCAGAUUCCCCGGGCAGCCUGGCCUUGGCUCCUGCAGCGCCUGGGGGUGGCCUCCUGGGCCCCUCCCACUCCUACUCCUCAUCCCCGCUGAGCCUCUUCCGUCUGCAGGAGCAAUUCCGCCAGCACAUGGCCGCCACCAACAACCUGGUGCACUACUCAUCCUUCGAAGUGGGGGGCCCAGCCCCCGCUGCUGCUGCCGCGGCUGCGGCCGCUGUGCCCUACCUGGGUGUCAACAUGGCCCCCCUGGGCUCGCUGCACUGCCAGUCCUACUACCAGUCCCUGUCAGCGGCCGCCGCUGCCCACCAGGGCGUAUGGGGGUCCCCACUGCUGCCCGCGCCCCCUGGAGGCCUGGCCCCGGCCUCGGCUGCCCUGAACAGUAAAACCACAAGCAUCGAGAACCUGCGGCUUCGGGCCAAGCAGCAUGCGGCCUCCCUGGGACUUGAUACUCUGCCCAACUGACUGCUGGCCUCCCCCUCAGCCAGGGCUCUUGGGUGCCCCCAGCCCAGCCCCAGGAUUAUCCCAACACAGCUCUCAAGGAGUUCACUUGGAGUCCUGCUUCCUGUCCCCGUCCCCCAGAGCUCCAGCCCUAGGUGAAGCCCACACCUAUCGCCCUCUGCAUGGCCCUGCUUGGACCCCACGGAGGCUGAAUGGGGAGGAGGUGAGAGGCUGCUGCCCCCAGCUUUCCACGGGGGAGUGAGAGGCUGGUAGUAGGACUGGCUAGAUCGCUGGCGAGAUCCCCACUUCAUUGUCGCCUCCUCCCUUCCCUCCGUCCCUCCCUCCCCUUCUGUCCCGAGUAAGUUGGUGUGUGGAAUGUGAGAUAUAAAUAUAAAUAUAUAAAGCUAUAUUUUCAGGCACCUGCCUGCCCCAGGCCCCCUGCUCCCCUCCGAUCUUUUCUCCACUGCCGUGCUCCCCCGCCCCCCGCCCUGCCUCCCCUCCGCAUCUCACUCUGGCCUUCCCAUCUCUCCCUCUCCCUCUCCGCUUUCCUUCUUCCCUGAGCUCCCUUUCCCUGCCUCUGUCCAGUUUCUGCCCCACCAUCUCUCUCUGGAUCACCCCUCCACAUCUCUUCUCCCUGCCCCUGCUCUUUUUCUUUUUUGCUGGCUGAGUUGGUGUUGUCAAUUCCCAAGCUAUGUUUGUUUUAGCUUUAGUUUUAGUAAUUUUGCUUCUUCCUGUUCCUCCCCUUUUGCUUCUUCCUUGCCUGCCUAUCUCCUCCCCGCCAGCACCCUCCUGAGGCCCUGUUCCUGUCCAUCCCCAAUAGAGGUGAUAAGACCCUCACUAAAGAUCCCGUAGCUACUGGAGCUGCAGGCAGGAGGGGGCCCUAGCUCCCACACCUCCCCCCGCACCCCACCCCCGGGCCUGGAGUCUGGAAGGGCAUGUUCUCUUCUCUCUCUUUUCUAGCUUUGAAGCCCCUGUUCCCCAGAUUGAGAAGGGAGCAGAGGCAGGAGUCAGACUGGGGCGGGCAAUAGAAUGGUAGCAUCCAGGCCUGACCACAGGGCUGAGGCCUGCUGCCAGGGUCCAUCCAGGCCUGACCACAGGGCUCUAGACCUCUCUUUGGUGAGACUUCCCUGGUUGGAGGGAGGCAGCAGAGAAGGGGUGCUCUCAGAGACGUGUCUUCAGAGGAAUGCGGUCCUGCGCCCCAGGCCUGUCCAGGGCAGGGGUGCAGCUGGCAUAGGAGGGAAGGUCGGACUCAAUCUCCUGAUCACAGUAAAGGCGAAUCACGUGGCAGUGCGGAGUUUCAGGCUUCUGUUGGCGUCGUGUCCCAGAGCCACUGUCGAAGUUAGGGCUUCUGUCCAGCUAGUCAGUGGUGUGGAAAGGUGUGUUCCCGUUUAUGGUCAGGAACCCGGCUCAGCAAACUCCCUUUCAAAGCAGUGUGACCUUGCAUCAGCCCAUAGCUUCUCUGGGCCUGUGUCCCCACCUGGAUUAGAUGGCCUGUAAUGUCCUGUCCAGCUCUAACUUUCCUCACAGCUGUGCUCACAACCCUGCGGGGCUGAAGUUUUCAGUUAAACUAACAACAACCGCAAAAAGGCUCUCGAAGCACAGUGUAUGAAUCAGAAGACUGUUGUCUGUCUGUGGAGCAGUGGGUGUUGCACUCACAAGCCUCUCUAUGGGUAAAGCCACAGUCUCUGGGUCUCAGUUUCCUUAGUAAAUAUGAUGGGUCCUUUUGAGUUGAGACAACCUGGAUUUGAUCCUGCUUUUCUUGAGUUUCAGUCCAGCCUCUGUGGUCACCCCAUCUCCAAGCCUUCACAUGAUCUCAGGAGCUCAGGGCAAGGGGAGGGAAAUGGCUUGCACAGAUCUGGGUCAUGACCCUCAACCCUUUGUGGCUCAUCACUGAAGCUGCCACCUCCUGCUUAGAGAAGCAGCGUCUAAAAACUGAAAUAAAGAUUCCUAAGGCUUGUCUCCUCUCUCAGUGGAGAGGAUGGUCUAUUGAUGCCUCAGUAGGACUGAUUUUCAGAGUAGUCAACGUCCAUGAUCCUUGGGGAGCCCAUUUGUCCUGGGGCAGUUGGAGAAGGCUUUGGAUGGGAAAAAAGUGAAGAGGAUGGUAGCUUGGGCCAGGGAAGCUGUCUGAACAAAGCAGUGGCGUGAGACUAAGUGGAUAAAAGGGUGGCUAGCUUCAUAAGAGGUGAGGCUGAGGGUCUUGAAUCCAGGCUAAAGACCUUAUCUCAGUGUAGCAAGGACCAAGACAGCAGGUGAGGACUUCUGGAAGGGGGAUCAGUUGAGCCAGGAUUGGGUAUAUGGGAUUUGGAAGGUGAACCCAGUAGCCACAGGAGAUGAGAGAAGAGACUUGGGCAGGGGUACAGGAGGGUGGCAGAGCCUCUAGGGAUUUCUGGUUUAUCCUCUGGGAUCAGCUCCAGGAAGUUUUGUUUCUGAAACGAAAACGAUCUCAUCUAGCCCAGGUCUGAGGAUGGAAGCUUUUUGCCUGUCCCUGGAGGCAGAUGACUGUCACUGGGUCUUGGCAUCCAAAAGCUGUAGACAUCACCACCUCCUCCAGGAAGCCUCCCCUGACUUUCCAAGGAGCAGGUCCACCCUGGAGUCAGAUUCUGUCAUGGCGGAGCCAGGCCCACCUCAGGCUUAGACCGGCUUUGACAAUAUUUCCUUAUUCAACUGACCGAAUUCCAUCAGCCUAGAGAAGGCAAGGAGAGUGUAUGUGGUCCCCUUCCCUGGACUGGUCUCAACCUAGUUGAGGAGACCAGCCUCAGUGACUGAACGCAGUUAGAAAAUAAGAGGGGAUCAAACUUGUAAGCUGUACCCUGCAUCUCCUAUGAGUGUGGGGUGUGCCCAACGCACCUGAGACCGAGGCGGAAGCCUCUCCCAGCUUGGCCUGGUCACCUUGCGGCUGAGAGCCCGAGGCUCUGCCUGUCCUUUCCAGGAAGGCCUCAUCCCUCUCCUCUCCCUCCUGUUUGCGAUCUCCAUUUCCCUGCUUCCUCACCUCCCCAGAGCAUAGUCCAGGGGCCUGGGCCCCCAUCCCUACUCCGCGGCAGCGGGCUGUACAGACUGCUUUCCAAACCAGCUAUUUUGUGACCUUUUGUGCUUAGAGGUCGUGCCAGCCCGUGGCAAAACCACUGUGUACUGUAUUUAUUUAUUCUGUUAGUUGAAAAAACAAGACUCAAAUGCCCCCUCUCCUGCCCCGCCCCCUGCGUAGUGCAGCAUGACACUUUGUCCUGUGUAUCCCUCUGUCUGUCUGUCUGACUUCCUGUGACGUUGUGACCUGUUUUUUGUCCUACUUGGCUAAUAAAGAGAA